GUCUUCCUAAAGGCUGUGCUUGAGCAGUGCGAGUCCCUGCAACACAGUCAUGCCAACCUCUCCUACAGCGAGAGGACUCAGGCCUCGGGACUGGGUCGCCUGGUCUCCUGCAUGUUCCAGUUUUUCAUCGUCCUCACCUACGAACGAAAGUCAAGCCGCGGUAGCAGCGGCGGUCAGAGCAGCGGUGAUGGUACUGCCGGCCCUGCUGCCCAGGAGACCAUUCUCACAUUGCCAGAGGUUUUCCACAUGGCCGAAUCUCUGGCAGCGGCUGGUGUGGACGCAGAGUCUUCUGUCUUUCCCGCCCUGGCUCCCAUCAUCAUCGACGUGUACGUGCAACGUGCGACUACUUUUCAUGCUUCUCUGCAGCAACACUCUCCGGCGACCGCCAUCAAGGGUUCCGCCGCCGAUGUCCCUAAACGAAGCCGUGAGAGAGUGGAUGUCCCACCGCGAGAGCAUCUUAAACUUCCUGCUGCCCAAGUUCAUCGCUCUGCCCAGCACCUAUGACUUCCUCUCCGUGAUCCUUGAGGAGGCCGCCUUAUCCGAUCGCAUUGUCAAAUCCACCCCAAAACAGGCCCCACACUGGUGCACUGUAGCCUCUAAGGUAAGGCAGCCGUACCCUUUCCCCUUGUUUACUUUGCAUAACUGUCUACUUAUUUCUUGGUAG